AUGCGUCGAACUAGACGUACUGCCAAGGGCAACCUGGAUGGCGUAAGCACAGGUUGGGAAGAUCAGAGGGAUUAUGUGAAUGCUAAGAUUCGUAAACUAGAAACACAAUUCGCCGAGGAGAAUAAGAAGACUUCGAUCUUCUCGGGGGUUCGUGUGUAUGUAAAUGGAUACACGGAGCCACCGGCUUUGGAAAUCAGGCGAUUAGUUCAAGAAAAUGGGGGAACAUUUGUACAAUACUAUUCCCAGUCUGCCGGUGAUUUUAUGGUCGCUGCGAAUCUGCCUCUGAGCAAGAUCAGGAAGAUUGGUAGUCGAAAGGUGGUCAAAGCGUCUUGGAUUACUGAAAGCAUUGCUGCUGGUCGACUGUUGUCAUGGAAAAAGUUUGCGCUCUGCCCCUCUGAAGUGGAAUCGAGAGGGCAAAGUACCCUUCCCGGAGUCAAAGAGACACCGUCGCAUUCAUGUAAAUUCGCUUUUCCGCUUUUAAGGAUGGAACUAUGUAACUUAUUACCUGUGCGUCUGGUGUUUGUUACUCGAGUCUCUUUUUGCGAUUUAACGAAUUUCUUUGUCCCUUUCGAAGUGGCGGAAACAAUUGCUGAACAGCCGGUUUCAUUGGAUGUAUCGUUGGAAAUACUUGGUGAGGUUUCCGGGAUCAGUAAAAAUGCCGAACAUGCCAGUUGCGAUAUCCCCGCGGCCCAAAAUGAUUCCCCUGCUAUCCUAUCUGCCAAUUCUGAUGACUCGAGUUCGCUUAUUCUUCCCUUCAACGGAUCAGUUAGUCCUGGUGCUGGGAUGUUAUUUAGUUCUCGUCACUUUGUUAUACAGGAUGCGCUAGACCACCAGUUUGAAUCUAAGGCUAUCUCCGACUUCUCUACGAGUGUUGAGGUGACCGAGAUGGGGGAAACUGUGGCGCCAACCACAAGCGACGACUACAUCCGGCAGUACUACUCGCGCUCACGUCUCCAUCACCUCUCAAAGUGGGCGGCGGAUUUGCGUCACCUUGUGCGUUCUCUGCGCCUGCAGGCGCAGGAGGGAAAUGGUGAAGACGGUGCAGAGUUGUUGCGUGCGGAAGUACAUCGCCUUCAGGGCGCAGACGAGCCGACGGAGUUGGUGUUGCAACCCGUCGGUUCACCUAGUGCGGCUACACAUCCUCCAUCUCCUCGUUUCCUCAUGCACAUUGACAUGGAUUGCUUCUUCGUGUCUGUCUGUCUGAGAAACCGACCUGAACUCGUCGGUCUCCCCGUUGCGGUAACUCACAGUAAAGGCACGAGAGUUGAAUCUUCCCUUUCAGAGGUGGCCUCGUGCUCAUAUGAGGCCAGAAGGUUCGGUGUCACCAACGGAAUGCACCUUGGCGAGGCCCGUAAGCUCUGCCCCGAUUUGAGAACCGUUCCCUAUGAAUUCGACUCUUUCUAUCGCGUUGCCGAAGAUCUCUAUAAGACAGUUUCCAGAUUCUGCUUGCAGAUCGAGGCAAUCAGUUGCGAUGAGAUGUAUGUAGACGUGACAGAAUUGCUUGGCGUGAGAAAGGAUGGAGUGGAAAUACGUAUGACCAGUCCACUGAUUCUUGGAGCGCUUCUGCGAAGGCACGUGCACGAAACGACGCAUUGCACCGCAACCUGCGGAUUCGGUACAAACCGCCUACUUGCCCGUCUCGCCACGAAGCGUGCUAAACCCGAUGGCCAGGCUCUCCUCCUUGACCCUUCCUGGCAGUGCCGCUACUCAUCGGGGUCCUCGUCGUCGUCGCUGGCUCCGAGCAUCUGUGAACUCGCCAGUCGGGAAGGGUGUAGUUAUCUGGAUGAACUACCUCUUUCUCAACUACCUGGUGUGGGAAGGCAAAUGGUUAUCCGAAUCACAAGGAACUAUGGUGUCAUUACGUGUGGACAACUUCUGAGGACAGUCAAUCAAGCUCAGCUGUCCUCUUUGCUGGGUGCAAAGACAGGUCAAAGAAUUUUGCAACUCUGUCGAGGAAAUGAUUCAUCGGACUUAACCCUGGACAGAUACGCCAAAUCAAUUUCGGCGGAGAUAAACUACGGUGUUCGUCUAUCGUCGUGGUCGGAAGUGGAGAAAUUUGUGAGUGACUUGGCAAAGGAGCUCUCCUCUCGAUUGGGCAACGCGGCAGCAGAGUCGAGAAGCGGUUUCGGCAUGGUGGGGAAGAGUCUUACCGUGCAUCUUCUUACUCGUAAAGCCGACCAACCUGUGGAGUCAGCUAAGUUCCUGGGUCACGGUAUAUGUGAUAGUUUUUCGAGAGUAGUUCCGCUUUCUAAACCCACUGCGGCUUCCACGGCUAUCGCGAGCGCCUGUCUAUCGGUUCUUCGUCGCCUUGACCCCAACCCAUGCGAUAUUCGUGGGCUGGGUCUUCAAAUGCAGCGUCUCUCACCCUCCUCGCCAUUGAAAAACCAGUCAUGUUUGGAGGGAAACACAUCAAGACGUGAUCCGCCCAUGGAAGCAACAUCAUCGAUUACACGAUUUCUAAAGCCUCAGAAUUCUGAAUGCAUUAGCCAUGAUGACAGUUCAUCCACCCUCAGUGAAGACGUCAAAGACUCGGAUUCCCUGUCUGAUUUUGGUGAUGCCAUGUCCACUCCCUCUGUUGACUUUGACCAAAUGUCUCAAUCGGAGUUGAGCAGCCCUUCUCACCCAACUGAUCAACUAGAAAGUCAAGAAAAGCCUCCUGCGGAGCAUCACCGAGAGGGUGAUAAUCUGUUGUCCAGCGGACUCCUUCCGCAUCGAACAGACAGACCGCUCGAGGAGGUCAAUGUGUUUGCCAAAAGAUCAGUGGACGAACUGAAAGACAUUUUUGUGACGUGGAUCAAUACGGAAUCGGAUCCGCUGGAGGAGGACCUGUGCAUGUUGGCGGACUACCUCAUCUCUAUCCUUCCGACAGACCUUGCCCGGGUGCGCACUCUGCUGCUCAUUCUGAGGCGCUUUAUUGAGGGUGAGGGAAUGGUGGUAGGACUCGAAAACAGGACUAGUAGAAAUGCAUGGCGUCUUGCCUUCCGUCGUCUCCGCCUCACCAUCAAUUCUGCCUGCCGUCGUCACUAUGAUGCUGAUGUUCUUGAAAUCGACCUCAAUUAG